AAAGCUAGAGACCAGGAGAGAUUACAAGAAAUUUUACCAGAAAUCGAUGAAAGACCUGAAGACAGAAAAUUAAUUAGUAAAAUCUGGAAAAACAGAAAAAACCUAACAACACAAUUAAAAUUACUAGAAAGCCAGAAAACUAGAAGAGACCACAAGAAAUUUUACAAGAAAAUCACUGAAAGGCCUGAAGACAAAGAAAAUUAA